AAGACUUCCUGCUGGAGGAGAUACAUUAAAGAGAUUCGAAUAUUGGGGUUCGAGAACGACAAAAGUUUAAUUGAAAUAGCAGUUUUCCUUUGUCGGUUGCAUUUGCAGUUACAAAUAAAAUCUUCCCUCAUCAACUGAAUAUAGUAGGAAUAUAAAUUAUUGAAAACUAAAAAAAGGAUGCCUAGUAAUUGGAGAGAUGCAGGAAUUCAGUACUUCGAAUUUCCUCAAAUUAUGACAUAUCAAACAGCGUUUUAUUUUCUAAAUAGAUAUUAGUAAAUUUCGUAAGAUGAUCAUUCAGAAGUUUCUCAUAUCCCCCCUUUUUUGGGUCACAAGAAGAUAUAAUAUUUUAAUUCACACAGGGAAUGAAAAGCCGACAAUUUUUAGGAGACGAAUUGGAAUGCAACACGUAACGUAUCAACAUUUGUUUUUUCCAACAAGUAUUUGAUUUUGAAACCAUGGCUCGAGAGUGGUGACGUAAGUCGUUUCUUAUGACAGACGUACUGAAGAGGAAAGUAGCUAUAAAUAGUACAUUCAGAGCUGUUGUAAUUCAUUACACAAGCUGCAAAUGCUUCCAAUAAUACUCUGAAAUUCUCUUUUCCACUUUUACUCCAAAUUAGGGUCAAAGUCACCUAAAUAUAGUUAGGUUUAUCGUAAUGAGUUCCAGCUUUUCUCCAUACGUGAUUGCUGGGCAGUUUAGAAGUAGCAGGAGUGCCUGAUUAGGAUAGAAUAUUAAUCAUACUGACGUGGUGAAAUAUUAUUCAGGCUGAUGGCGGAGCAGGAAGUCAAGCACUCCCAUGUUCCGUGGUCGUCCACAAUCCCUGUGGAGCAAGGAGAAAAUCAAUUAGCUAAUUUUCAAGUUUCUGGGGUUAGCACAGAGAAACAACCGAACGAUAUGAAUGGAAAGUGUGAACUGGUUUAUGAUAACGGAAAUCAGAAUAAUAAUUUCACUGCUAAAGAGGGACAGUCGUGUGCAGAAAAUGAGAAGAGUGAUAAUGAAAGCUCGAAGGAACUAAUACUUGAUGAAAAUAUGACCGACGAACAGAAGAAUGAUUGUGGUAAUAAUAGAAAACAAAAUAACUUUGGUGGCAACACAAAUGAUGAAGAAAAUAAUAAAAACGCUACAAAAGAAAAGACAAACUGUGAUGGUAACACAAAAAAAUACGAGAAGGCAGAAGAGACUACACAAGAGCAGGUACAUUAUAGCGAUAGUUUAAUUAAAAAAAAUAUUCCUAGAGUGAAAUGUCAGAGCGAAAAUGGUGGCAAUAAACAGAUGGAAGACGCUAACACAGAGGUACAGAGAAGCUGCAGGACUGAUUCAGAGGAAGAACAAAACGAUCCUCCUUGUCUAGAAAGAUAUAAAGAAGCCCAGACUCGUGCGCGAGACUGUAUGAUUUGGGACUUGGACCCCAUUUGUAUUUCAAAGGAAGAAUUACCCGUGACGAAGAACAUAAGUGACAUCACAGAAGGGCAUGUAGUCCCAUCACCUGUGUGUAGCUCUCUCGAUACCGACUCGCACACAAACGUUCCUCAUCAUCAGAUCUUAAUUCGUUGUUUAGACGAAGACAGCAACAAUGUUCAUGAAGAUACGUGCCAUGUGCCGUUAGCUAACAUUAACCAGAAGAAAUGUCCAAGUGACUUCCAGAUUUCAUCUCUUUCAACUCCCCGGCGCAAGUUGAGCCACGUGAACAACGGUAGAAGGAGGAAAAGCGCUAUUACCAUACGAGUGGACGAAGGAUUUUCGGACGUCUCGAGCUUAAAGGAAGACCUACAGUCACUUUACACCAGCGUCAAUAGUCGUCACAAUAGUAUUGUUCCGCAGGUGCUGUCUUUGGGUGCUGACGUACUUCCAGAGUACAAGCUACAGAAACCUCAUGUUCACAAAUGGACUAUCCUCCACUAUUCUCCCUUCAAGGCCUUCUGGGAUUGGAUAAUACUUCUAUUGGUAAUCUACACCGCCAUUUUCACUCCUUAUGUCGCUGCUUUCUUGCUGAAUGAAGAUAGAACCAAGCGUAACAAGAAGUACGGCGACGACCCCAUCGUCAUCAUCGACCUUCUUGUCGAUGUCAUGUUUAUCAUCGACAUACUCAUCAACUUUCGCACCACUUACGUUAACUCCAAUGAAGAAGUGGUCAGUCAUCCAGGCCGGAUCGCUGUCCACUAUUUGCGUGGUUGGUUCAUCAUAGACAUUGUAGCCGCAAUUCCAUUCGAUCUUCUGCUUUUUGGCUCUGAAACGGACGAGACCACAACAUUGAUUGGUCUGUUGAAGACAGCUCGACUUCUACGAUUGGUGAGGGUGGCAAGAAAAAUCGACCGCUACUCAGAGUAUGGAGCUGCUGUGUUGCUUCUGCUCAUGGCUACCUUCGCGCUAAUUGCUCAUUGGCUCGCCUGCAUAUGGUACGCCAUCGGCAACGCCGAGCGCCCUCUACUCAAUCCUAAGAUAGGAUGGCUGGACCACCUAGCGAAUUCAACUCACCAGUUCUACAACAACUCUAAUGGAGGACCUAGCAUCAAAGCAAAGUAUGUGACAGCAUUGUACUUCACCUUCAGUAGCCUGACCAGUGUGGGAUUCGGCAACGUCUCUCCAAACACCAAUAUGGAAAAAAUCUUUUCAAUCCUCAUUAUGCUCAUUGGAUCUUUAAUGUAUGCUAGCAUCUUUGGCAAUGUGUCUGCAAUCAUUCAAAGGCUGUAUUCUGGAACCGCUCGUUACCACACCCAGCUGCUCCGGGUGAAGGAGUUUAUCCGGUUUCACCAGAUUCCAAAUCCGCUCAGACAGAGGUUGGAGGAAUACUUCCAACAUGCCUGGACUUAUACUAACGGUAUCGACAUGAACAUGGUGCUGAAGGGAUUUCCAGAAUGUCUUCAAGCAGACAUAUGCCUUCACCUCAAUAGACAGCUUUUGGAAAAUACUCCUCCAUUUAAAGAUGCAAGCCCCGGAUGUCUGCGGGCACUCUCUAUGAAGUUUAAAACUACUCAUGCGCCACCUGGUGACACUUUGGUACAUCGUGGGGAUGUUCUUACUGCUCUGUAUUUUAUUUCCAGAGGAACAAUAGAAAUUUUAAAAGAUGGCAUAGUGAUGGCAAUAUUAGGGAAAGGUGAUGUGUUUGGAGAAAACCCAUGUUUGCACCAGACAGUGGGAAAGUCCAGCUGUAACGUCCGUGCCUUGACUUACUGUGACCUCCACAAGAUUCUCCGGGAAGACCUUCUGGACGUACUGGAACUUUAUCCAGAGUUCUAUGAAACUUUUACCGGAAACUUGGAAAUAACCUUCAAUCUCCGGGACGAAUAUCAGGCAGCGCUUGACCCAGAAUUUUUUCGCGGGAAAUCUGCUUAUGGUCAAAUAAUCUCUCCUGAAGAAGUGGAAGACCCCCGUGCUACAGCAUAUCAAUAUCCCAGACCUAGACGGCGGAGGCAGUCAACUUUACGUCACACCUCGGACGGUAUCAUGGGUCUGAUUGAAGAAGAUGAUGAUAGGGGAUAUAGUGGGACGGGAAUCUUGGAGUUUUCGCCAAAUAUGGCAGGCAGAGACGUAACUCCCGCAAACUUAGAAUUUAAUGACAGGUCUGAUAAGCGGUAUGGUACAAUUCAUUCCAUUGCUGCAGGUGCUCUUUCUAGCGUUACCAACCUGACUAGUGCGGUGUUUGGAGGAGCUUCAGCAGUUCCAGUAUCCCGGUCUCGUUCAUCGAGUCCUGUUGCAAGGAUGGAAGAAGGAAAAGGAAAUGUAAAAUCCCUUCGGCCAGGAUCCAAGGUUGGCUCAGUGGAUGAAACUGAGAAAGAUAAGGUUCCUCAUGUUGAUCUGACAGAACCAAUUUUCCAAGGUGUUCCUCCCUCUUCUGUUAAAAAGUCUGUCUCCAUGCCUCUUGCUGAUGCUCCUCGAUCUCCUCUUUCAACUAGUGCCACUGCACCACCUAUAUUACCCCCCACAACAGACCAACCCAUAAGGUGUACGUCUGGGCCCGGCCAGGUGACCUCGGACUGCACUUAUGUUACCACCCGAGCGCCAAGUAGUUCCAGUUUAACCAUUCCUAUGUCAUCCUCGUUCCCAUGUAAUCAUCUAUCCCCUGCUGAUGAAACAUCCAAAUCACACCCUUCUCAUCCAGAUCGGUCAGAAUUCACCGUCCUGGAAGCAAGAAUAGACACGCUUAGCAGGAAGGUCCAAACUCUUGAGACACGUGUUACUACCGAUUUACAGACAAUAAUGCACAUGUUGUCAAAGCUUGUCCAGCCUGACAACCUUCCUUCCUCUUCAUUAUCAGUAGAGGGCGAUGCUGUUCGGCCUGUUGCCGAGGUGGUGCCCUCUCACUCGCAGUUUCGACCAAGUUUAUUACAAAGUCGUCUAGAUAGGGUAAGAUGUAGACCUUAUAGAAGAGCCAUCAGUUUACACACCCCUUCACCUGCAGAGGAAAAAAGGCUUAAGCCAUCUUCUCAUAGCUUGGAUCUAGGGAGGUCACUUGAAGAACCGUUAUUGGAGGAUGAACCACAGAUAACCUGUAUUGAUGAAUUAAAAGACGACUGUCUUGAAGUGUGUGUUACAGCAGCAGCUCCUAUGAAUGGAACAGAUCAGAGCACAUUACGGACCCAAACCCAGCUUGCCGACAUAGACCAGCAAACAAACGCCAUUCAAUCAUUUCAAAGUUCGAGAAGUCACAGUGAUAUUCAACUCGCAAAUCAAGAAGUCUGCUCGUUAACUCCCUAUGGUGGUGCUUUAUCUUCCCCUGAAAAAAAAGACCCCAAAAUCUCUAGUGAUGUUUGUAGCUCCAAGGAGGAUACUGGACGAUCAUCAGUGGUGCAAGCGCAAGGAAAGGACUCUAAAAUAUCAGAUGUGUAAAUAUGUAAAGUUUGUUUAGAAUCUGAUCUAUUUUUUUACCGGUCCAAAGUAUUAGCAGACGAGAUUUCUGAUGAUCAAGCUACUGUGUGUAUAUAUUCUGACAAAAAAUACUCAUGGCUCCAGGAGAAGAAGAAUUACCACCAAAAAGAAUCUGUUUUCCAAGUUCUUGUGUGGAGGACGCCGAUAAUGUUUCUUAACUAAAGACGUAGUCAGAUCGAGUGUUCGGCCAACGUUGUGUGUAUUCAUACAUUGGUCAUAUCAUGGUGCUGAAGAAAAUAGUGCAAGAAAUACUAAAACGAUUCUUGUCAACGUUACCCUCAGAGGAAUCAUAGCUUUAACAUAGUGUAUGAGACUGUUGCAAAAAAGAUAUAAUACUCACCCAGUAAAGCAAAUGUGUGACUGGCAAGUAACGAAUAGAAGUUAUGUAACUGCGCUACCCAGUCGCUGAGUUCAAUGUGUUGGAAUACAUUUCGACAGAUCAAGACAGCUAAUGAUAACAAGUAAUUUUUGAGCAAAUAAACAAUCCCAUCAUGAGUAACAUGUCUUAUCAGUUGCUGAAGAGAAAGCAAAACUAUUUAUUUUAUCCAUUCGCAUCUAAUUUGUAAUUUUAAAGCUGUGAUAAUACUUGGAAAUCAUCAUUAAAAUCAAGAUGGUUCAGUUGAUGCGAGAAUAAAUGAAAUAGAAAAUUUAAACUUGUGUUUUACUGGCGUGCACAAGGAACUCGUGAUCUACGUUUGUGUGACUGGAGUGGUGAAUAUUUCGGUUUUUAUUCAGUUGCUACAAAAGGAUCAUAACCACUUAUUUUACAGUAUUUUUUGCUAUGUUCUCAGGGAGUUGAACAAAAUUCAAAGAUAUAUAAAUCUAAGAUUAAUUUGUAUUUAUCCAAAAGAAAAUUGUGAUAAGUUAAACAUUUAAUGACUAAUUUUCAAUGUAACUGAUUUAAGAAUUCUUCUGAGUGAUAUGGACAAAAUAGAGAUUGUAAACUAUUUUGAAAAUAGAUAGAUGGAAAGUGGACUGUGGUCAACAAAAAGUUUUUUGGGGUGUCAUGUUGUGGUUACAAACCGUACAAUUUUAGUAUGAGCUGACUUAUUGAAAGUCUCUAGUCCAAACUGUGCUCUGACUGCUCUAAAGAUAUAUUAAGUCAACCAGGCUUCGUUUGGGAACAAAAAGAGUUUGUGUGUGUUUAAUUCUGAAGUAUACUGCCCUUUUUCCCAUGGUGGUGAGAAAGGAAAGUUUGAAAGAACUGAUCGAAUCGUACUUACCGAAAUAAGCUGUGAUUUAAUUCAAACAAGUCCAUAUUUCUAAACUAUCUUCUAUUUCUCAUAAUGUCUAACUCCUUUCCACUUCUUUCUAUAUUUAGCACCAAACGUUUAAGAACUUUGCCAGCUUAUUGUUUGUGAAGGACGUCAUACUACAAUGAUUAGUUGUGCGAGUUUUGACGUGUACACUCUUGACUUUCUUUCAGUUAAUCUAUAUAAUAAAAACAAUGUAGCUUUUAAUAUUGCUGAUAUAUCGCCGGAAAAUGAUAGUGGUUAGAGACUGUCAGAUGAAAAAAAUUCUUUUGAUUAACAUAUCAUUGGUAGAUGUAAAGGCUACGUAUAUUCUCUGUAGUAACUGUGCACUAUGAAUAUUAACUGCCUUACCUCUACACCAGUCCAUCCUUUACACUGGUAUGAACAAUAAAGUGUACCCAUCUUAGAACACAAAAUUAAUUUGAAAAAAAAAACCUGAGUUAUACGGAAUAUGUGUAUAUUAAAGGAUUGUUAUCAAUGGAUAACUAACGCUAAAAAAAGUACUACUUUGUAAGGAAGAACCUUUAUUUUUGUGAGGGAAAUGCUUCGACAAGUGUGUUUAUGGAGUAAUUUUAUUUGUUUGAUAUUAAGAAAUGAUAGUCUAAUAGAGUGGUGUUAAAAACGCCAGAGAAAGUUCUGAAAUUAUUUAACCCACUGGUCACGUGACAGGAUUUAUGUCAUACAAAUUUACAUUGCUAAUUACCAUUUUUAUUUAAUACUGCGAUUGCUUGGAGAAUUACCGUAAUUUUAUUUUUAUUGCCAAGCUAUCUUAGCUUAAAACUACCUUAAAAUAUACUUGAGCAUUUAUCAGUUAGACUUAGAUAAUAAAUUGCAAAAAGUACUUUACUCGAAAUUUUCAGACCAAAGUUCCUACAGUAAAUUUAGUCAGACAAUCAGUAGAUGGAUUUACAAAAGAAGUCAUUAGCUGAAUGUACUUAAAUUAUGUCAGGAUAAAUAUUUGUUCUCAGCAGACAACUUUUUUUUUCUUCGGAUUUUCGUACUUUUAGCAAACUAAUUUCAUCCCUUGUUACCGUAUGAAUCUCACCCAACUCUAGCAAUAAAGAGAUAACAAAUGAU